AUGGACACGCUGUGCUUGACGGGAUGCUGCGCCGGAGAUGACAACUUUAAAAGGAAACUUAGCAGACGCGAGAAGAAACUACUCAAGAAGCAGGACAAAUUGCGGAGAAUGCAGAGCAACAACGAAAACGACCCGAGUGUGGCGGAGAAACUCUACUCCGAGCUGCCGGAGACGAGCUUCACGCGCUCCAUCAGCAACCCGGAGGCGGUGAUGCGACGCCGCCGCCAGCAGAAGCUGGAGAAGAAGCUGCACCAGUUCCGUAGCCGCGACGGCGGACCCGACACGGGCGGCACGUUGAAGAUAUACGGCGAGAGCCUGUGCAGUGAGGUCCCGUACAAGACGCUGCUGCUCUCCGUCACGGACGCGGCCGCCGCCGUCGUGGCCGAGAUGCUCGAGAAGUAUGGCAAGCAUGGCGAAGAUCCGGCCCAGUACGCCCUGGUGCAGGUGGUGACCCAGGAGCCGCAGCCGGAGACGGCCGAGUACCGCAGGCCGACCGGUCCCUUCAAGGAGUACGUGCUGGACGACGACGAGUGCCCGCUGGCUAUCCUGAUGAACCACCCGCCGAUGAGAGGCUCCAUCAUGUUCCACGUGCGCCGGCGGUCGGCCGACUAUCAGCCGCGGAAGCGCAAGAAGAAGCCGGCGCAGCCGACCAAUCUCUCGGACGUGGACCACAGCUACCGCGGCCACGACGAGGCCAGCCUGCCGUUCCUGGUGGAGCUUAACACGGACGGAACUAACAUCCGACACACGGCGCCCAGGCGGCUCAGUCUGCACCUCAACGUCACCGAGGUGGGGAGCGAGCGGUCGCCGCAGGCGGCCGGCCAGUGCCUGCAGCUGACCGGCCACAACGUGCACCCGCGCCACUGCGUCAUCGCGCACACGGAGGGCAUCGUGACGGUGACGCCGUGCGGACGCGAGGCCGAGAUCUACGUCAACGGACAGCGCGUCUACGAGACCACCAUCCUGCAGCACGGCUCGGUGGUGCAGUUUGGCCGGGUGUACAAGUUCCGGUUCCUGGACCCGGCCCAGGAGGAGCGGCUGCGCGGCCGCCGGGAGAGUCUGCGCGGCCACGAGUCCUACAUGGAGAGGUCGACUACGUACGCCAGCUACGGCCGCGGCAGCGACCCCAUCCUGCCGGCGGUGCUCGAGUUCCGCGAGGAGACCGAAGACGCUUUCUUCUGCGCGCCGUCAUCACCCAGCUGGACCCCGAGCAGUCUACAGUUCAAGCUUGCGCCCACCUACACGCUCUACAUGUCGGCCAGGUGUCCGAACAUGGUGCACGACGUCAUCGAGAGCCGGCGGCUUAACGCCAAUGCGCUGGCCUUCUGGAUGGCCAACGCGUCCGAGUACCUGCACUUCCUGAAGCAGGACCGCCACGUCAGUCCGUACAGCCAGCUGGCGCAGGACAUCCUGGCCGAGGCGGUGCAGGCGGCCUUCAGGUACCUGGUGGACAGCGUACAGGCCGAACUGGUGAGCUCCAUCAGCCUCUUCCUGGAGGACCGCGACGACGCUAACGAGGAGGAAGGAACCACGGCUGAGGUGCUGAGCAUACUCGGCAACACCAUGGCCCUGCUGCGCCGCUGCCGCGUUAACGCGGCGCUGACCAUCCAGCUGUUCUCGCAGCUCUUCCACUACAUUAACAUGAGUGUCUUCAACCGCAUUGUCUCUUCCGGGCCAGUCAACUACUGUAGCAGCACGCCGCGCCUGUUCCAGGAGUCGGCCAUGGAGCCGGACCUGGGCCGGCAGCGCGACCAUCUGAGCAACGUGAUCGCCCAGUGGAACGCCAACCGGCUGGAUCUGUUCGAGCUGUCCGAGCCCAACGAGCAGCUCGAGUUCCAUGUUUUACUACCAGGACUCGGCCAGAAGGUAUGCACCAAGUGCAUCCGCGUGUCGUCGACGGCCACGGCCGGCGACGUCAUCGUGGCGCUGGCCGAGAGUUUCGUCCGACAUGCGCAUGCUCUCUCCACGCCUCGGUUCGCCGUCUACGAGAUCCACGAGGUGGCGAGGAGCGUGAGCUGGCAGUGGGACGAGAGGCCCCUUUACGUGCAGCUGAACUGGAACAAGGACGACCGUGAGGACGCUUCCUCCUCAGAAACCUGGACGAAAAACCUGGGUGAGACCGCAUUGCGGUAUGGACAACGCUGUGCUUGA